CGAAUCAGCUACAAAACAGGACACGCAAUACAGUGCAAAAUAUUGUAAUAAUAUACAAUACAAUAAAGCAUCUUGGACCUGUAUUCCUGGUUUACUAAUAAAACAAUCUGAGCACAAUUUUCAAUCUUAAAGCCCAGAACUCACCUAGACUUCUAGAGUCAUCUAAUACAAACAAGAGUGAGAGUUUCUCAGUGAUACUUUGAUAACUUUUAUUAAGAAAGUUUUAAAUGUUAUCUGUAUAUCUGUCCACCGACCUUCUGGGUUUUCACUUGUAAAAUAAACAGACAUUGUAUCACACCAUCUCUGGUGUUUUGCCCACACUGUAAAAAGUGGUAAAAGAGAUAUUUCUGCCUGAUUUCACCCCAUUUCAUUUAAAUGUUACUAUUUUUUCAGUGCAUUUCUUUUAGACUGUUUUGCAGCCCUGCAACGCGUCAUGACGUCACUGCGGUGUCAUUUUUAUUUACACGAGACUCCAGCUGUUACACUGACUCGGCAAACAGUAGAUAUGUGUGUCCGUGGGUGUGUGUCAUCGCCACGUGAUCCAGCUCGCCAAUGUCCUUCUACAACCCACUCAGCAUCAUGGCUGCGGAUGCUGCGGAUGCUCUCCUCCAGCACCGCAUCCCCGGACCAUGCCUCCUGCCUCUGCUCCUCCUGAUCGCCUCCGCUCUCCCCACACUAAGCCACGGGCUGCUGGGCUUCCGACCGGAGGAUACGGGAGGAGAUCUGUCCGUGCAGGACGGGCUGCUGAAGGCCACCGAAGGGACGCGGUUCAUGUUACGCGUGUACUAUGCAGCAUCCCCGCAGAGGCUCAACCGGACUAUCAGCAGCUCCGGCGGCACGGCCGCGCCGUGGAUCGCCUUCAUAGAGGAACCGGAGCCGGGCAGAGACGGGCAGGUGCAUCCCAAACGCAACUUGUGCGUGGAGGAAAGCGCCAGGAGCUCGGAUAUAGAGCUCCUCGGCUCUUUCAAGUCAGCCUCCAGUCAAAACUCCAUCCUGGUGGAGCUGCUCGCCAAAGACCUCCGGAGAGGAGAGAAAAUCAAGUAUUACUCCAUGUGCGCCUUUGACGGGAUCAAGUGGGAGCACUACCGGACGCGAGACUUCUGGCUGGCGGUGGUGGAGCGGCCGCCGCAUGCGGACGGGUGGCUGCAAGCGAGUCUGUCGGUGCUGCUGCUGGCGCUGUCCGCGCUCUUCAGCGGGCUGGUGAUCAGCAUGCUCGCGCUGGACCCGGUGGAGCUCAGAGUGCUGCAGAACAGCGGCACGGACAAGGAGCAAAAGUACGCGCACAAGAUCGAAUCGGUGCGCAAACACGGCAACUACGUCCUGUGCACCUUGGUGCUGUGCAACGUGCUCACCAACACUUUCCUGGUGGUUUGGAUGUGCCAGAUCCUCGGGGUGACGUCCGUCUGCACUGCAGCGUGCACUUUUCUCAUAUUUUUCAUCGGAGAGAUCUUUCCGCACUCCGUUGCGUCCAGGCACGGGCUGGCUAUCGCGUCCAAGACCGUGUGGCUGACCAAGACGCUGAUGCUGCUGACUUUCCCCAUCACAUAUCCCAUCAGCAAACUCCUAGACAAUAUGCUGCACCAGGAAAUCAGCAACUUCUACACCCGCGAGAAGUUACUGGCUAUGCUGAGAGUUACUGACCCGUAUCAUGACCUGGUGAAAGAGGAGCUGAACAUCAUCCAGGGAGCUCUGGAACUCAGGAGCAAAACGGUGGAAGAUGUGCUGACCCCUCUAAAUGACUGCUUCAUGCUGGCCUCGGAUGCCAUCCUGGACUUCUACACCAUGUCAGACGUGAUGCAGAGUGGAUACACUCGCAUUCCUGUGUUUGAGAACGAAAGGUCUAAUAUUGUUGAUAUUCUGUUUGUCAAAGAUCUGGCAUUUGUUGAUCCAGAUGACUGCACCCCAUUAAAAACCAUCACUCAGUUCUACAAGCACCCGCUGCACUGUGUCUUUAAUGACACCAAACUGGAUGCAAUGCUGGAACAGUUCAAGAAAGGGAAAUCUCAUUUGGCUAUCGUGCAGAGGGUCAAUAAUGAAGGAGAUGGAGAUCCUUUCUACGAAGUCAUGGGCAUCAUCACUCUGGAAGAUGUCAUCGAGGAAAUCAUCAAAUCUGAGAUUGUGGAUGAAACGGAUCUUUAUACUGAUAACCGUACGAAGAGGAGAGUGUCUCACCAUGAGAGGAAACAGCAAGAUUUCUCCAUAUUUAAACUGUCAGAGAGUGAAAUGAAGGUCAAAGUUUCACCACAGCUUCUGCUCGCAACACAUCGCUUUCUGGCCACAGAAGUAGAGCCUUUUAAGCCAACGCAUCUCUCAGAAAAGAUCCUUCUGCGAUUGAUCAAGCACCCGAGCGUUGUGCAGGAACUCAAGUUUGACGAGAAAAACAAGCGAUCACCAAAGCACUACCUCUUCCAGCGUAACAAGCCUGUGGAUUAUUUUAUCCUCAUAUUGCAGGGUCGAGUCGAGGUAGAGAUCGGUAAAGAGGGACUAAAGUUUGAAAAUGGGCCGUUCACAUACUACGGCUUACCUGCUAUCAUGACCAUCCUACCCACAGUCAACAGGUCACCAUCACUGAGCAGCGGUCUCAAUCAUUCUGAUACUACAAUCCAUGGAGGCAGCAUGGGUCAACUAAGCAUCAGCGGAGCACCGUAUUUACCAGACUAUUCAGUUCGUCAGCUCACAAACCUACAGAUCAUUAAGAUCACUCGUAACCAUUAUCAGAAUGCCCUGACAGCUACACGCAUGGACAGCUCUCCGCAAACACCCGAUGCAGAGAGUCAAGCUCCUGGGGAGAGAAUGACAAUCCCCGAGACGCGUUCUAACAGCAUCGCCCUUCCGCUGACUGAACCGCGGCCCUGUCUGACCCGAUUCCACCAGCACAGCCAUCUCUACAGACAGCCAGAUAGCACCACCACCACCCUUAAUGAGAGAAACCGCAUCGUCCGAAGUAAGUCAGAUGGACAGAAGAGCCCCAGUGACUCUGUGUUUCUCCGUAUGGAUGACAUCCCAUAUAUAAGAGACAAUCGUGUGGAGAGAAAAGAAGAAACUGAUGCUACGGCCGUACCCAUGGAGACAGACCUGUCGACAUCCCAGCUCAUCAGCUCUUACUCUCUGGGCGGCUCGGAUGAGAACCUGGGGAAAAAACUGCUCCGGAAACUGAGCAACAAAAAAAGAAAGAAGUCCCGUGAUGGCGAUAAACCUCUGGAAGACAAUCCUGAACAUUCACAAGUGAAGACCUAGCAUUCAUUUUAUGGGUUUGCUUCUCUCUCGCUCUCUCUUGCUUCUCCGACAAAUGUGAAAUCUUCUCCAGCCUUCCUCUGGAUCUUGAGUGAGAGAGAGAAAGCACAACCCGGUGUACACAGACCACCACAACAGGAUGUAGCAUCAUAAAACCUUGCCUUCAGCAUUGAAACUGGAUGAUGCUCAAUGCCUGUUAUGACAAAUCUGAUUUUUCUCAACAUGCAGCAAGACACAUGCUUUUUUAAUUGACGAGAUGCUACACAACCGUUAUAUACUACAGUUUUGAUGGCGGUUUAUCUUCAGUCACUGUGGUAAUGACAGUCUGACCUCUGACCCGGGCAAAGCCAGCAAGCACAAGCCUGGAGACCUGAAGCCAACCGUCUGACCAAUGAGAUGGCAGACCUUUAGUACAUCACAAAACGUGGUCAUCUUUCACUGCAAUUAUCUUGAAACAAAGUGUUUAUUGUGUGAUUUUAUAUCAUAUUAAGUCAGAAGUAUUUAUCAGGCUGUGCCUGGAAAUCAAUUAAGAUGAAUUUAUUAAUAUCAGAGCACUUUGAGACAGAUCAGACCCAUUUAUUUCAUAUUCUGUUGAAUAGCUGAAUGGUUGACAGAGGAAAAAAUACCUAUAUUAGGUAAGUGCUGUCAGAAUUUUUGUUUCUAUUUUCUGUUUUCAAAAGAAUUAAUAUUUAAUGUUGUGAUUUCUUAUUUUGCUUUUAUUUCUGCACUUCUGUUCGGCUGAGAGCACAGGGUACAAAGUGAUAUGGCUUUUAUUAUUAUUAGCUAUUUUAGGCCAAAAAUAGUUUUUUUUUUUUUUUUUUUUUAUAAAUAGUCUGAGAUACCAGUGCUAAUGGUCCAAGCACAUGUGUUUGACAAUAGAUUUAUUUGUCUAAAAUUAGCAUUUAUUAUAUUGGCAUGCUUUUCUCAAACAGCAGUAUUAUUAUUAGAUCAGCAUUGUGUUUAUUGUAUGAAAUAUAGAUAGUUAGGAUAUGCGCAAGCCAUAACUUGAACAAACUUGAAGCAUUGAUAUAAAAAUGUCACCUUAGAGAGAUAUAUAUAUAAUAUAUAUAUAUAUAUAUAUAUAAAAUCAUAAGCAAUAUCCAAAACAUGCAAGAAGCCUAUUAUUUUGCUUUUGAGCCCUUUCAAAUCUGAAAAUGAUAGAAGACUUAGAACAUCUCACCCAUGUUUCAUUUCAUGAGCAUGCUUCUGUGAAUUUCAUCUCUAAACUUCGUGUACAUUUCAAGAGCUUUUUUAAAAUGGCAUUCAUAUUUAUACUACUGUUCAAAAGUUUGGGGUCAGUAAGAUUUUGUGUUUUGAAAGAAAUUACAUUUACAUUAAUACUUUUAUUCAGUAAGGAUAAAUUACGUUUCUAUUUCAAAUAAAUGCUGUUCAAAAUAAACUUUCAAAGAAUCCUAAAAAAUAAUUAUAUAUAUAUAUAUAAAAAAUAAGUAUAAGUAAGCAAUAAGGUAUGAGAGGCUGUGCUGUAUCGUGAACAACUCACAGCUGAAGGGCGUUGUUAGGCACGACGCGAAGCAGAACCCCUUCAGCCGUGACUUAUUCACGAUAAAGCAUUAGCCUGGAGUACCUUAUUGCUUUUAUAAAACGUUUACCACACAAUGCAAAUAUUAAAGCCAAACAAUAUAAAUUAAUCCAACUUUCAUGAAGUAAACUGUCACUAAAAGCCUUCCUUCCGCCGGAAGGAAAAAAUAGUCCCUGACCAUGAACAGCAACAGGAGUUACAUUAUUACGCCAUUAGAUGGCGGCAAAGACUGUUUUUAUGAGUGUGUCAGUCAGUAGCGAAGACUUUUACAUUGAAAAGACUGAAUUGUAGUGAACAUGGAACAAGACGCAACUGACAAAUGCUUUGACUAGCACUGUCAGUAACGGAAAACCCCUUAACUGUUAAAAGGACAAGAUAAUACAUCGGACGUUUAAAUAGAUUUUUUAUUAUGAACAUAGGACUGACCUGAAGGAAAAUGCUAAAUCUGAAUGCAGGUAAUAAACUCGCUCAAUCGAUCUCUUUCUCACAACACUCUUCUACAUAAUACAGUAAGCUUUAAUGAACAAUAUAAAUUGAGAACAAACAGUUUACGUUGCUAAGGGUGUUGUGUACACAGAACCAUUGGGUGAAGCGGUCAUAGCCGUGUUUUAUUGUAAAUAAAACACAGCUAUUGACCAAUCAGAAUCAAGGACAGGAACUAACCAUAUAUAUAUAUAUAUAUAUAUAUAUAUCAUGGUUUCUGCAAAAUUAUUAAGCAGCACAUCUGUUUUAAACAUUGAUAAUAAUCCAAAUCAAUGAUUUCUGAAGGAUCAUGUGACACUGAAGACUGGAGUAAUGAUGCUGAAAAUUCAGCUUUGCCAUCACAGGAAUAAAUUACAUUUUAAAUAUAUUAACAUAGAAAAUAGUUAUUUUAAAUUGUAAUAAUAUUUCACAAUAUUACUAUUUUUACUGUAUUUUUGAUCAAAUAAAUGAUGCAUAACAGACUUCUUUCAAAAACAUAAAAAAAAAAAAAAAAAAUCCUGACCUCAAACGGUAGUGUACAAUCACCCAAAUAUCAGAAGAAUAUCUGAGCACCCAUUACCGGUUCACUGCCAUGACUUUUCCCAACAUGCCAUGAUCAUGACAAACUAACCAUCAGCUCAUCCCUGCCAAAAACAGGUCACAUGAUUACAUUAUGCCAUAGGAUUAUAGGGGCUUGGAUGUGAUUUGCAUGAAAGGCUGUUUUUUACUGAGUAUGUCACGUUAAUACCUUUCUCCUGCAUGCAUGCAGCAGACACUGGUGAUAUAGACUGUUUUUGCCUCUUUGCUAACAAUGACCUAUAUGGCACCACCAGGGAGUCGGCCACAGAAAGCACAAAGUCUCAGGCUGGAAAACACUGGAUGUCUGUUUCUUUCCCCAUGAUAUUUAUUCCUAGUAACAUUUAAUAGCAAUAACCAGGCUAGCCCGUUUUAUAAAGUUGCUUUGCAUCUUGUUGAUCUGGAGUGAACUGAAUGUGCCUGCUUGCUUUCAGGCCAUAUGGACACUUUGUGUUGUGCAAUACUGUGAGCUAAACCCACUGUACAGAGAGCACAUGCUGAAGAAAGAGGAACAGCCCUUUUUACGUCACAGUGCUGCAUUGCAGGGUGGACCGAGUGACGCAUGCUGACGUCUGAAUCAGCCCCUCCAAACAAACACAUCUACUGAUUGACAAGACAUGCACAAAAAACACUGAACUAACACAUUAAAUGACAUGUAUAUUUAAGCCUUAAACUGUGGGCAUUUGCUAAAGAUAUGUAGAAUAUCCUCGUCAGCUCUUGCUCUCUGUACUGUGGGUCGGCCGAAGGAUUGAUAUAUGUUUCUACAGAGUUUACAAAGACUUCUAUUUGAAAGCGCCUGAUGAAUUGUGUAUGAAUUUAUGAAAAAAAGGACAUAUAUAUAUAUAUAUAUAUAUAAAGAGAAUAUCAAAUGUUCUAUUAAAUCUUGACGUGGUAUUUUAGUAUGAAAAGUACCACUAGCCUCCAAUAAAUUAAGAUUUGAAUCAUAUUUGUCUUGGAAAAUAUCAUCAUGAUCAUUUUUGUACAAUGAAUGCUGUUAGUCACCAUGAAACCAAAUGGACAGUUUCAUUGUAGUAUUCAUUAUAAAUAAUUUAUCCGUGCACAUAAUUUUUUUUUUUUUUAAUUCAAGUACCCUCACAAUCUUUAAUCAAAAUAACUUCUCCUCCCUCUUGUAACAACUCCUCUCUUCUCUUCUCUGAUGAUGUGUUUACUGGCGUGAAGGCGGGACAAGCUGUCACUCACAUAAGAUCGACCAAUAGCAAACAGUCACCCUACAUUUUUUCUUGUUCGAGAGGCAGCUUCACUCAGAUAUAUGUCAUAAUAGGGAAGAAAAGACUAUUAGAACCUCCCUUUCAUGCUGAAUUUAACCAAUACUAAUAACACAAAAGAGGUUUUAUGGUAUUCCUGCAUGUAUUUUCAUACACUGAAGAUCCAUUUCCCGAGCUUUCAUUAAAUGAGAACAUUUUAGAUUAAAAUCAUCAAAUUUCUCUUCAGUUACAUGAGAAGUCUUAGGGAAAGUUACUUUUAAAAGUAAUGUGUUACUAUAUAAUAUUGUGUUACUCCCUAAAAAGUAACUAAUUGUGUUACUUUUUAUGGAAAUAAUGUGUUAUUGAUAAAUACACUGCUCAACAAAAUUAAAGGAACACUUUGAAAACACGUCAGAUCUCAAUGAGGAAAAAUAUCAUGCUGGUUUUCUAUACUGAUAUGGACUGGGUAAUGUGUUAGGAACAAAAGGAUGCCACAUCGUUUGAUGGAAAUGAAAAUGAUCAACCUACAGAGGACUGAAUUCAAAGACACCCCAAAAAUCAAAGUGAAAAAAUGAUGCAGCAGGAUAGUCCAUUUUCACUCAAAAUGGUACUCAGUAGUUUGUAUGGCCCCCACGUGCUUGUAUGCAUGCCUGAUAAUGUCAAGACAUGCUCCUAAUGAGACGACGGAUGGUGUCCUGGGGUAUUUCCUCCCAGAUCCGGACAGUCUGAGGAGCGUCAGAUAGACCGAAACAUAAUGUCCCAGAGGUGUUCUAUUGGAUUUAGGUCAGGCGAGCGUGGGGGCCAUUCAAUGGUAUCAAUUCCUUCAUCCUCCAGGAACUGCCUGCAGACUCUCACCACAUGAGGCUGGGCAUUGUCGUGCACCAGGAGGAACCCAGGACGCACUGCACCAGCGUAGGGUCUGAAAAUGGGUCCAACGAUUUCAUCCCGAUACCUAAUGGCAGUCAGGGAGCCAUUGUCUAGUCUGUAGAAGUCUGUGCGUCUCUCCAUGGAUAUGCCUCCGCAGACCAUCACUGACCCACCACCAAACCAUUCAUACUGAACGAUGUUACAGGCAGCAUAACGUUCUCCACGGCUUCUCCAGACCCUUUCACGUCUGUCACAUGUGCUCAGGGUGAACCUGCUCUUAUCUGUGAAAAGCACAGGGUGUCAGUGGCGGACCUGCCAAUUCUGGUGUUCAAUGGCAAAUGCCAAUCAAGCAUCACGGUGAGGGGCAGUGAGCACAGGGCCUGACUAGAGGAUGUUGGGCCCUCAGGCAACCCUCAUGAAGUCUGUUUCUGAUUGUUUGGUCAGAGACAUUCACACCAGUGGCCUGCUAGAGGUAAUUUUGUAGGGCUCUGGCAGUGCUCAUCCUGUUCCUCCUUGCACAAAGGAGCAGAUACCGGUCCUGCUGAUGGGUUAAGGACCUUCUACGGCCCUGUCCAGCUCUCCUAGAGUAACUGCCUGUCUCCUGGAAUCUCCUCCAUGCUCUUGAGACUGUGCUGGGAGACACAGCAAACCUCUGGAAAUGGCACGUAUUGAUGUGCCAUCCUGGAGGAGUUGGACUGCCUGUGCAACCUCUGUAGGGUCCAGGUAUCGCCUCAUGCUACCAGUAGUGACACUGACCCUAGCCAAAUGCAAAACUAGUGAAAAACAGUCAGAAAAGAUGAGUAGGGAAAAAAAUGUCAUUGGCCUCCACCUGUAAAACCAUUCCUGUUUUGGGGGUCAUCUCAUUGUUGCCCAUCUAGUGCACCUGUUGUUAAUUUCAUUAACACCAAAACAGCUGAAACUGAUUAACAACCCCCUCUGCUACUUAACUGACCAGAUCAAUAUCCCAGGAGUUUAACUGACUUGAUGCUAUUCUCUGAUUAAAAAGUGUUCUUUUAUUUAUUUAUUUAUUUAUUUAUUUAUUUUUUGAGCAGUGUAGACAUGUUUUUGUAAAUAUAAAUGUGAUGGGUAACACUUUACAAUAAGGUUCAUUAGUUAACAUUAGUUAACUACAUUAGUUAACAUGAAUAAUGAACUGCACUUAUACAGCAUUUAUUAAUCUUUGUUAAUUUCAUAAUUUACUAAUACAUUAUAAAAAUCUUGUUAAUAUUAGUUAAUGCACUGUGAACUCACAUGAACAAACAAUGAACAACUGUAUUUUCAUUAACUAAU